UUGUUUGGUUUAGUUGGUAAAUUUUCAAUGGAAAGGUGGCAGAAUCGGGUAGCAGUUGUAACCGAGGCUAGCUCCGGAAUUGGAGCUGCUAUUGCCGCAGACCUGGUUAAGGCAGGACUUGUAGUGGUUGCUUUAGCACGCCGAGAAACAAGACUUCAGGAGAUUAAAAAAGCCUUACAAGCUGAUCAACAACAACGAUAUCAUCCAAUUAAGUGUGACGUUACCAAUGAGGAAGAUAUUAAAAAGGCCUUUGCGUGGGUUGAGAAGGAUCUUGGUGGAACCGAUAUUCUCGUCAACAAUGCCGGAGCCUUUCAUUAUGGGGUAAACUUGGUUGAUUCGGACAACUCAGGAGUGAUUCACAAGAUCGUAGAUACAAAUGUAAAAGCGGUUGCGUUUUGUGUUCGUGAGGCCUUCAAUUCAAUGAAAAAGCGUGAUUUCGCUGGACAUGUGAUCAUCAUUAACAGUGUCGCUGGACAUACUAGUGAGCGUUUUCCAGGAGCUAACAUGUAUAUACCGUCCAAGCACGCUGUCACUGCUAUGGCUCAAACCUAUCGCCAUGAAUUCGCACAUGCUGGCACAAAGGUGAAAUCACGAGUAUUAGCCCUGGAGCUGUUAUGACAGAGGGCGUUCCUGAUCUCUUCAAAAACAGCGGAAUUCCCUAUUUGAAUCCUGAAGACAUUUCGAGUGCUCUUCUCUAUGUAAUCGCUACUCCUCCAAAU